UUUCUCCCGGAUCCGGAUGAAGGGGUUGCCCUGCCCGUGCCCAGCCCUGCCCCACUUCUGGCAGCUGGGGUCUCACUUCAUGGCCGAGGGCUCCGGGACCCAGGCCCCCGGCAAAGGGCCCCUGCUCAGUGUCCAGCUCCUGCGAGCCCAGUAUGAAGGCCUGAGACGGCAGCAGAAGGCUCAGGCCCACGUGGUGGUGCUCCAGAAAGGAGGGAACAUCCCUGCUCCUGCUGAGUCCGUGGUCAGUGCCGUGUGGAUUAACAAGGAGAGGAGGCACUCACUAUCCCUGGAAGAGGCAGACUCGGAGCCAGAGGGGAUGCUAGAGGAGGCCGACAGAGGCAGUCUCUGGACCUCUGAAUCUCCAUGGCACACACACCUAGAGAUGUACCGCCUGGUCCAAACCUUCCGCCAGGAAACCAGUCAUCAAGUAAAGCACAAGGAUAAGUUUGUGGGGCCUGAGCAAAGGCUCCCUCAGGAAGGAGACACGGGCUUGUCUGAAGACAGUCAGAUGACUCAGCAAGGGAUCAGGAUGCCAGAGGCAGCCCAGCCUGAAGGUCAGGUGGGUGAUACCCAAACAGAGGCAAGGGGAUCCAGCUUAAACAUUGGCACUCAGCGCCCCCUUUCCAUAAAGAACCCACAUAGGUCUGGAAAACCAGCUCACUAUCCAUUUCCCCGGAAGAAAACUCCCAGGAUCUCCCAAGCAGCCCGGAAUCUGGGCUUAUAUGGCCCAGCCUGAAGCUUUCUCCUCAAAAAUCUCAACCUUGAGGCUGUCUACACCCUCUUCGAAGCAUCCCGGGGUCAGAGACACCAGAGCCUCUAGCUGACUGCAGAACUAGAUUAAAUCAAUUGAGUGGGAAAUGAACUUAACAGUGCACACAUGGUCCUGUCAUUAAAAAUAAAGAGAGUGGGCCCAGACCAGAGUCGCUCAUAGUUUAGGAUGAAAAAAGCACUGUCUGAUCAUAGCAGCCUCAUUCUGCUUCUAUUAAGAAGACGCUGCUAUGGACGUCGGCUCCAUCCUUAGAACUAGAGAAUUUUGAAACAUGAAACAGAGACACUAGCCAAUGGAUACCUUAGCAGUGCUCUAGAGUCAACAGGCCCGGGCAAUCUUGUUUUCAGCAUCUUCUGAAGGUUUCUCACAUGUUCUGGAGAAGAGUUGUUCUGAGAAUUGUCUUUUUCUCGUUGCCACGUCUGGAGGCCAGCUGACUGAGAAGUCACUAUGUGCAUUGGUAGUGACCACCUCGUUUCAGCUUGAGCCUCCCCAGGUAUGGUCACCCUGGGUCAGAACAAUGCUACCUACUGCUUUGUGUGUUUAAGGGUUAGUCUCAUUGAGAUUGCACAUUCUCGUCUGAUUACAAAUUUAUUUCCCUCCACCCCAUCCUUUCCUCCCUUCUUUCCUUCUCUCUCUCUCUCUCUCUCUCGCUCUCUUUUUUUUUUUUUUUUUAAGGGCUGCACCCAAGGCAUAUGGCGAUUCCCUGGCUAGGGGUCGAAUUGGAGCUACACCUGCUGGUAUACACCAUAGCCAAGGCAACACAGGAUCCUUAACCCACUGAGCAAGGCCAGGGAUCAAACCUGCGUCCUCAUGGAUGAUAGAUUCGUUUCUGCUGAGCUGACGGAAAUUCCUUCUUUACUUCUAUCCUUCCUUCUUUCAUGUUUAUCUUCUCUCUCCCUCCUUUCUUCAAUCCCUCCCUCCCUCUCUCUCCAAAUUAAACACUGUCCAUCAUUGAAGGUAUAUGGUAAUAGCACCCUAAGAGAAGACAGCAAAGAGAUGUUCCUGCUUGGAAAGUAUGUAUUCCUCAAAAAUUGCUCCCUUUUCAGCAGGGUUUGAAUCACUCAGAUUCCUCCUGGUAUAUUUUAAACCAAAGACAAAGUGAAGCAGGUGUUACUUGGGUGACGGGGAAGAAAGUAUCGUAAUGUGGCUAAUGUUUAACUUGAAUAAUGAUACUUAAACACUUCUAAGGUGCCUUUAUCACCUGCCAGAUUCUUUCUUGGUAAAGUUUUACCCACAUCUUCCCUUUUUGCCCAUGGUGAUCCAGUCUCACCCACCCAUAUCUGGAGGUAUUAACUAGGAGUGUCAUUACCUAUCAGAAAUAUGUAUGUGCCUUCUCCUUGGGCCACCCUGAAUUUGGGGAUUCAUGGUGAUUCCUUUUAUGAAUAAUUAAUAAGAGUCUGUUGUUAAUUUUUUAUAGUCUAAUGAAAAACAAGAAAAUUCUCUGAAAAAA